GAGACACAGACGCGAUCAUGGACGGGACAUUUAACGACGCAGUAUCGUCGCCUUGCACGAUGCGUGACUUUUCCUUGUUGACAUUUUGUUUAAAUCAAUGUUGGCGGCACGGUUGAUCACCUGGUAAACGUUGGCCUCACACUUCUGAGGACCUGGGUUCGAUCCCGGUCCCGCCUAUGUGGAGUUUGCAUGUUCUCCACGUGUCUGCGUCCGUUUUCUCCGGGUAGGCACUCUGCUUUCCUCCCACAUCCCCAAAACACGCAACAUUAAUUUGAUACUAAAUUGCCCAUAGGUGUGAUUGUGAGUGUGGCUGUUUGUCUCGAUGUGCCCUGCGAUUGGCUGGCGACCAGUUCAGGGUGUACCCCGCCUCCUGCCCGUUGACAGCCGGGAUAGGCUCCGGCGCUCCCUGCGACCCUUGUGAGGAUAAGAGGCUAAGAAAAGGGAUGGAUGUAAAUUGCCCCCAGGUGUGUGAUUGUGAGUAUGGUUGUUUGUCUCUACGUGCCCUGCGAUUGGCUGGCGACCAGUUCAAGGUGUACCCCGACUCCUGCCCAUUGACAGCUGGGAUAGGCUCCGGCGCUCCCCGCGACCCUUAUGAGGAUAAGCAGCUCAGGGAAUGGAUUAAUAGAUAAAUAAAUGUUAUCUGGUAUAAUAUCCAUCACCCGGAGAAAACCCACGCGGGCACGGGGAGAACAUGUAAACUCCACACAGGGAGGGCUGGGAUUGAACCCGGGUCCCCAUAACUGCGAGGCCAAUGCUUUCCAGCUCUGCACCGUGCCACCUCUUGUAUAAUAUUCACGGUGAAAAUUCAACAAAGUAAGAGUUUUUACAAUUUGUAUAUAUAUAUAUAUAUAUGAGUUGAGCUGACGCAUUUUUCAUGUCAUGCUCUGAACGUGGGGAAGACAAUCGGAUUCGAUUGGUGAAUUAUUGUAAUAACAGAUCUUGAUAAUUUUUGAAUCCAUCAUCUUCCUUUCUUAUUUGUCAUCGCUUGUUACAUAUUUAUCUGGGAAAUACACGAGAUGUAUGGGAUUCAGGCCAAUCUUAAAAGAUGCAACACAUCUUUUUCCCAAAAAAACGCCACAAUUUUACAGGUGGGGGGGGGGAGUUUGUAAUUUAUAUGGAAUUAUGUCGCAAGAUAUGAUCUGCUCCCAAGAUGGUUAAAGAAGACAAUUGCAAAAUAUUCUAAAACAAUAUAAUUAGAAUAUUUUGCAUUGGACGGAAAGUCAUUAAAGCGGAGAGUAAAACAGCAGGAAAAUUAUUGUUUCAAGAGGAAAACAAAAAAAAAAAAAAGUAUUUAUUUUAAGCGACAUGAUGAAACCAGAAAUGAUUUUGUGAAUCACGGCGCACGCCUGUCCGUUUGGGCGUCCCUAAUGUAGCGGCCUGUCGAUAUUGCUGAAAUAUGUGAAUGAAUCGUGAGCCCUGCGAGAUGAACCGACGUUAUGACGGGAUUAUCCGUCGGCCUUAAUCUCGACAUGUCAUCUGCAUGCAUGCGGUCCGCUUUGGGGGGGGGAUUAUAAUCCCGCACCUCAGGGUAGCUGCCGCCAAAAACAAAAUAACUCUCAACGCCAAGAUUCAUACUUACAACAGAAAAGAUGUAUCGGCGUUUUAUGUCACCGCUUCGACGACGCGCGUUCAAUCCCCAAAUGGCCGAUUUGAGCAAUAAUUUGCAGGCCUCGGUGGGGUAAUCCACAUCGACAGCUGUUCUGGUGCCGUGGGCGAGGGUUCGGAUUUGUGUGCCGACCACAAAAAUAAAAAUAGAAAUUGUGGAUGUCCUUCGGCUCGUUUCCCUUCCUCCUUUUCUCCCUUUGACUACAAACCGGUGGCCUAUAUCGGGAACGUCUCUUUUACGUCAAGACUAUCCCGGAUGAAAAAUGAGGAAUUCAUGUCGCAACACAAAAUACAAUUUUACAUUAGUUAGAAUUAUAUAUAUGCAAAAUAUAAAAUACUACGUCCGUGGACGACUCUUUGCAAUUUAACAUCUAACAACCGAAAAAUGGACAAAUUUGUUUAUUUAAAAAAAAAAAAAGAAUACCAUAAUUCACGGCCUAAAGAACGCACCUGUUUACAAGCCUCACCGAGUACGUUUGUAAAGGAAAUACUAAUUGGUGCAUACGUACGCCGCAGCUGUGGAAAAGCCGCAAGCGCCCACAUUGAAACGCGAGAUAUUUACAAAGAACGAUGGUACACAGAAAGAGUUUAACGCUAGUGCUAAUGCUAGCAACGCAUUAAUGCUAGCGCCGCACUAGUGCUAACGCUAACAGGGCUGUUUAAAAUAACACUUAUUGGUAAAUAUCAGUGAGAGACGCCAGUAACACACCAGCAACACGCUAGCACAGAGCUCACGCUAGCGUGGCGCUAACAUGGCCGGUAAAAGUCACCUCCUCGGCACAUGUAUUCCACCGGUCUUGUUCUUGCCUUUUUCGCUCGAGUGCCCCCUCGCGGCCGUUAGAAAAAAAAUGCGCAAAUUAGCCGCAUCACCGCAUAAACCGCAGGGGUGAAAGCCUGUGGAAAAAAAGUCGCGGCUUGUCGUCUGAAAAUUACGGUAAAUACUGUCCCCGAUGGUGUAUUGGGUUCAGUUCCGCCUCGAUAUGUGCCCUGCGAAGGACUGCCGACCAGUUCAGGGUUUGGACAGCUGGGUUAGACUCCUGUGACCCUAAGCGGGAUCGGCAAUGUUGAAAAUGGAUGAAUGAAUGGAUGAAUGAAUGAAUGAAUACUGUAAAUACUCACCAGUGGGAAUUCUUAAGUUCCCAAACUGUAAAGUAAGAGUUUUACCCUGUGCGGUAUAUUACAUGGAAUGUUAAAAAAAAUCAUAUGUAAAACAUAUCUGGGCAUUGCUACUUUGUACAAAAAAUGUCAAAUUCUGCUAAUGUUAGAAUAAUAUCAUAGCCAUAUUUGAUCAAUUUCAGAAAAUGAGAGAACAAAAAAAAUUCAACUGAUAACAAUCCAGUUCAUGUAUACUUUAGUGAAAAUGUAUCUAUAUUUCCUUCUUUUGUACUUCAAUGUUCAUAUCGAUUUUAUGAAAUCAUCUUUGGUGUACAAUGUUAUAUAAAGGUGUACUGUCGGUGGUUGCGGGUGGGGUCGUAAUAAUAAACAGCCGAGAAGCGCUGCAUUAAGCUAACUGUGUUCAACUUAUUUAUAAUAUAAAUAUGUCAUUUGUAAUGUUAAAAAAAUCCAAUUCUAUUUUCACUGGUGUGACGCUUGUGUCUUUUUCGAGGUGACUUUGAAGUGGCGGUGCGGCGCCCGAGCGCCCUCUAUUGGCCGGGCACCGCUAAAUCGAGGCGACGACGAAACAUUAUACGGCGUAACAGUGGCGCCGGCCCCUCUGCGGGAAACCGGACCAGCAACGCGGGCGGGCCCGCGACGGACAAAAUGAGCCCGAACGCCCUCGUGUCGGACCGCAGCCGUUGGACUCGCGGCGCCGAACGGCCUCUUAAACAAUUCACAUGCAUGAAUCAGCCAUUGGAUCACUUUUUUUGUUUUUUUUUUUUUUUACUCCCCUUUGGCAAUUAGUGAACGUUCAUUCCUGUCCUCUUUCCAACUACAGCUUUCACCCCCCCCCCCCCCACACACACACACUCCCUUCCUCUACUUCACCCCCCCCCCACUCCACCCCCCUUUCCUCUCAUUUCUGGGCCCAAAAUCAGAUGUGGACGACAAGCCUGCAGGUUCAAACAUCGCAAGACGCCGACGGGGCAAGUCGGCGGGAGGGGACGACGGACAGCCGAAGGGGGGUCCCGGGACGACUUUGCGGCGCAUUGAGGUGUACCUAAUGAAGCGUCCCGCCGUGGCCCGGCCGUCUCCUUAAAAGGAUCAAAGUGCGCUCGCCCCACCCCUCCCGACGGCCAAGAGCGUUUUGUACCGGGAAGACGAAUGGAGGCCUUUUCUGCGGGCACAGAGGAGGGCGCCGAGGAUACUUCGGAACCGCGAAAGUCCAGACUGAAGUUGCUGAGGUCUCGUCUGUUCUCGAGAAGCAAGCGAGCCGGCGGCGACUUCGCCGCCAAGUUCAGCCGGUCGGCCAGCGACAUCCACGCGGCGAAGGCGCUGGGAUCUGAUGAAGAUUUGGCAUGCCCCCAGGGAACGUUGGGCUCUCGGGCGCUGUCCCACGACAGCGUCUUCUGGGCCGAGCAGGUGCGGCCGGACCGCGCCGACGGCGAGCCCGUCAGGGUGUUGUCCCAGGAGAACGUCCACGGCAAAAUCAAAGCUUUACAGCUGAAGCUUCAGCAGCAGAAGAUGCAUCUGGGGCCGCCUCCUCUCGUGCUGCCGACCAGGCGGCAGGAGGACGAGGGAGGCCCCCCCGAGGACGGCCCUCCUCCCCGCAAAAGCCCCGAGUUCCCCACGGUGGAUGUGGCGACCUACGGAGUCCUCGCCAAGGUGCUUUCCCAGCCGAGCUCGCGUCCGCUCUCCCCCAUCUUCAAACCUCCGGAUUCGAAAUCUGCAACCGGGCCCCCUCGCGAGGCCCCGUCGGGCUUCGGCGCUCCGGCCCGGUUCACCCCUUCCCUGGACACGUCCGCGGCCCGGCACCGCGUGUCCGUCAAGCCCCGGAACCAGAGGGCCAGCACCAAGAGGAGGCUCGCUGAGCCUGACAUAAAGGUGGACGACUCGGACAAGCAUCCUGAACCUGUGACGGACGAACUCGCUCGGGACGUUGUGACGCCGGAAGACGAGCGAGGCGGAGGCAAUGAAUGCCAGCGGUCCUUUUCAAAACACGCCCAACCGGAAGCGUUGCCGUCGGAGGUCACGCCGGACCUCGCCUCGCCUGGCGGAUUCUCUGCCGUGUCCUCGCAGGAGCUUCAAUUGAAGCUUCAGAGACAGGCAGUCGUCACGUCGAGCGAAGGACCGCGUCCGCACUUGGAGGCCAAGCAGACGACGGACAUCUCGGGAGAUCCUGGGAUUCAAGUCGAGAACCUGGACGAGAGCGACGUCGUUUCCUCCCGCCAGCUCUCCAAUAGCUGUGCAUCAGCGGUGUCCAAGUCAUCGCAGGAGGAAGCCGACCGAGAUGGCGGAAGAGAACUAAGAAGACCUGGUUACGGGUCCUUCCAUUUCUCCAUCACCUCCGUCAAGAGCCGCGUCGAAGACAGACCCCGAUCGGGCAGUUUUGCGGGAAACGUAGGACCCAAGGUUGAGGGUAUAAUGUCGAGCCCCGGGAAAAGGGAAGAGCGUAAAGACCCGCAGACUGGAGAAAGAGCUUCCGUCGUGGGAAGACUUCCACGAGGCCCGGGUCCUCGGUGGGAAAGGCAGGAUAGCGGAAAGCGAGCAGAAUCGGCGAAAAUCAAAGACGGCGUUCCGUCGGAAGAAGCGGAGAGCGGCCGAGAGGCGGCGUGGGAGACCGUCGUGGCCACAAAGGCAGAGGUCGGGGAUGAAGAAGGAAAGACCGUGUUUGGUUUUAAACUCCGCUCCACCACCAACUCUGUGAGAUUUUGGUCAAACGGAUCUUCCGGGAAGCCGUCGAGCGAGGAGCGGAGCGAGGGACUGAAGAGACGAGAAAGCACAGAUCAUGACAGCUUGUCCAAAAAUGUCAGCGCUGGAAAUUUGACCCCGAAAGAUCCAGUCCCUGCGUGCGAGCCUCCGUCCACCUGCGAGGCCCCCACCCUACCGACGCAAGUCCCAGCAAACUCCUCAGAUCAGUCGCCGGAGCCUCCGGCGACGCCGUUUGCGGGGUCGCCGGAGGUAUCCUGGGUCAGUCUGGCCAUGGAAAAGACCAGAAGCCUCCAUCAGCUUUUUUCGAGAAGAUUUCCCAAGGAUCCCGCGAGUCCUGCUCCGCAAACCCCGGCGCGGGCUUUAAAUGGGAGAUCGCAGAGUCUGAGACUACAAGAAUGCGACAAACAAGCCCGCGGCGGCGGCAAAGGGGAAACGGAGCCCAGCAAAUUAUACCGAAAGACAACCGUCAACGCGGAAGCGCAACAAUCGCACGUAAACACGAGUCAGCCGGCCGUGCAAAUAAAUCUACGGGCGACCCAAUCUCCAUCACGCUCCGCUCCCCCGCCAGAGAGCCCAUCUCGUUUUGGAUCGGGGACUCCCGUCAUCACGCGAUCUCCGGCGCAGUCUGACCAGACCUCGGGACGGCAUCCGCCACCUUGGGGCCACCCGGGCCUGCAACCCGGAACGCAGCAGCCCAAAUCCACAACGCCGCCGGCGGACGAGGGGAAAGGAACCGUCCAGGGAACGGAGAGCCCCUCGCUGCCGGGCAAGCGCAGCGUUCGGCCGGGAUCGGUCAGCGACAAGGCUGCGUUUUUGGAGAGGCAGGCGGAGUGGUGCUGUCCACCGGCGACCAGGGGGGGCGCACUUGAGCGGAAAAGGAGAAAAAUGACAUCUGGUGGAAUAUAAGUUCCGAGGAAGUGACUUAUACCGCCCCUGUUAGCGCCGUGCUAGCGUGUUGCUGCCGUGUUACUGGCGUGUCUCGGUGAUAUUUACCGGUAAGUUUUAUUUUAAGCGGCCCUCUUAAGCGUUUGCGGUAGUGCUAGCGUUAGCAGGGUGCGACCGUUAGCUCUAGCGUUAAACUCUUUGUGUUUUAUUUAGCAAUAGGUUUUAUUUCAAUCGGCCCCUUUUGUGUUAGUGUUAGCACUGUGCUAGCGUGUUGCUGCUGUGUUAACUGGCGUGUCUCAAUAAUAUUUACCGGUAAGUUUUAUUUUAAGUGGCCCUGUUAGUGUUUGCGCUAAGACUAGAAUCAGCGCGGCGCGACUGGUAACAUUAGCCUUGAACUCUUUCUGUGUUUUAUUUUCUGGUAAGUUUUAUUUUAACCUGCCCUUU